AUGGAGCUUGGAGCGUCGCAAGAGCCUCCUUCCAAGAAACGGAGGUUCUUCAGAGACCCGGGCGAGAUUUCGUCCGAUCCCAUUGUCCUCAGCCCAGGACGCGGCAUCUCGCCCGUGCCGCUGAAGGAGCCUGUCAAUGACCAUGACGAUGUAAAAUCGAAAUCGGACACGCGGCCUGCUCUCACUGAGCCUUGGCAAAGUGGCGCGGGCCAAAUCAAAUCAGAGCCAGCUGGGCCAACACUUGCGCAUCCCGACGAGUCUACGGCCCUGAGCUUCGACAAGGACCUGUUCGAAAGUGUUCUUGGUGACAAGGUCAGCAAUGAAGUUCUCAACAUCAUUCGAGAUACCUGUGGCAAUAACCUUGAAAGAGCUGUCAACAUGUUCUUUGAUGGCACGUACAAGAAGUUCCAAACCCAACAACAGCCAUUGUGUGGAUCCGUCUGCCAGCUCUCGCCGAAUUCUCGAAUCGCCCAAUCUGCGAUCGUCAAUGAAUCCUCCGCAACCAUCUCAUCUCUCUCUAGGGGGACUUUGCCGCGGAAGCGUUAUCUAGGAGCAUUUGGUGUGGAGGGCUGGGCAACUCGGAGCGGAAGCAAUAUUUUAAGACAUGGCGAUGUCGUCAAGAUCGAGCGUCAGAAAAUUCAACCCCCGCCACCGCCCAAGAUCAAGAAUAAGCUUGGUGUCGUCUCCUCACCUUCUCCAAAGCCUAAUACAGCUGCCUCGAGAAGAGUCGAUGUGAUUGUUCGCUUUACCAACCAGUCUGGAACAGAAAUCGGUCGCUUGGCCAAAGACACGGCCAGUUGGGUGUCGACAUUGAUUGAUCAAAAUGUCUGUCAUUUUGAGGGAAACUGUGUGUAUGCACCUGAACGACUACGAACCAACGACACCGUGUAUUUGCAGCUGAGGUGUUCACUAUUGCACUCUGCUUUCGACCAUCGCAGCUUUAAGCUUGCCGAUCAUCGGCCUAGCAACUUCUUUGAGCAGAGCGAAACCGCGGAUGAGAAGGAAUUGCGCCUGCGCCAGAUCGCACUAGUGAGACUAUUUCAAGAAAUCAACCUGCAGCCAACCCGGUCAAACUCAGCGGCCAAGGACGGAAGAAAGGGAAUCCUUCAGGCUGCUGAAAUGGACGAGCAAAAGCAACGCCAGGCUACAAAGGCCGCCGUUUCCGGCAAGGAAUCAGAGUCGGUGCCCAACUCAUCAGACACGGAGGAAGGAGAGGAGCUUGAGCAAGACCAGUUGGAUGCUUUAUACAAGAAAGCGCAAUCUUUCGAUUUCAACACCCCCGAAGCAGAACCGGCCGACAGCUUCGCCAUGACCUUGAGACCGUACCAAAAGCAAUCUCUGCACUGGAUGGUGGCAAAAGAAAAAGACGAGAGGAGCAAUCGCGAGCCAUCCAUGCACCCCCUCUGGGAAGAAUACGACUGGCCCAUCAAGGAUGUCGACGACAACCACUUGCCUGAGGUAAUAGGCAUGUCUAAAUUCUAUGCGAAUCCCUACUCUGGAGAUUUAUCGCUAGACUUUCCAGUGCAAGAACAGCAUUGUCUGGGUGGGAUACUCGCCGACGAGAUGGGACUGGGAAAGACUAUUCAGAUGCUUAGCCUUAUUCAUUCUCAUCGAUCGGAAACUGCUAGGCAGGCUCGACUCACAAAUGGAAGCAUCUCGAGUGUCAAUCAGCUGGCUCGGUUGGGGGUAAACUCAUCCAGUAUCCUCCCUGCACCAUGCACGACGCUUGUCGUGGCGCCAAUGUCGCUUCUGGCGCAAUGGAAAAGCGAGGCAGAAAAGGCCUCCAAGGAAGGCACAAUGAAGAUUGAGCUCUACUACGGCAAUGAGAAGACGGCGAAUCUGCAAGCUUCGUGUAGCGAGACGAACGCUUCUCAAGCGCCCGACCUCGUCAUCACUAGUUAUGGUGUGGUGCUGUCGGAAUUUAGCUCACUUGCAGCCAAGAAUGGUGAAAAGUCAUUUCACAGCGGCUUGUUCUCGCUGAAGUUCUUUCGAGUCAUCCUCGAUGAAGCCCACCAUAUUAAAAAUAGAUCGUCAAAAACUGCCCGUGCCUGUUACGAGAUUUCGGCAGAUCACAGAUGGGUGCUGACGGGAACCCCAAUCGUGAACAAGCUCGAAGAUCUAUUCAGUUUGGUGCGAUUUCUUGGCGUGGAACCCUGGAACAACUUUUCUUUCUGGAAGACAUUCAUUACGGUGCCCUUUGAGGCUGGCGAUUUCAUGAGGGCGCUGGACGUUGUGCAAACAGUAUUGGAGCCGUUGGUAAUGCGCAGAACAAAGGAUAUGGAGACGCCCGACGGCCAGCCCCUAGUCCCUCUGCCUCCCAAGCAGGUUGAUAUCGUUGACGUCGAGCUGUCCAAGCCUGAGCGCGAUGUAUAUGAUUAUAUUUUUCACAAGGCAAAGCGGACAUUUUCCAAAAAUGUGGAGGCGGGGACGGUUAUGAAGGCAUUCACCACUAUUUUUGCGCAGAUCUUACGGCUGCGGCAAUCAUGCUGCCACCCUAUCCUGGUACGAAAUCGAGACAUAGUGGCGGAUGAGCUGGAAGCCGGUGCCGCUGCUGAUGCGGCGACUGGUCUGGCCGACGACAUGGAUCUGGAAACUCUAGUGGCACACUUUACUGCAGUGACGGACGAGGCGGCCAGAGACAACUUCACCUAUGGAGCAAACGCCCUCGAGGAGAUACGCAACGAGGCCGACAAGGAAUGUCCACUGUGCUUUGACGAGCCGAUGAACGACCAGACAGUCACCGGGUGCUGGCAUUCGGCUUGCAGGAAAUGCCUGCUGGAUUUCAUGAAGCAUGAAAGCGACCGUGGCGUUGUGCCGCGGUGCUUCAACUGCCGCGAACCCCUUAACCAGAGGGACCUCUUCGAAGUUGUACGGCACGACGACGACCAAGUCAACGGGGUGCCCAAGCCUAGGAUCAGCCUGCAGCGGCUGGGUGUGAAUCAGUCGUCGGCCAAGGUAGCAGCCCUGAUUUCCGAACUACGGGCUCUGCGCAGAGAGCACCCGCAGAUGAAGUCUGUGGUGUUCUCCCAAUUCACCUCGUUCCUGUCACUGAUCGAGCCGGCCCUGGCCCGCGCCAGCAUCAGGUUUCUUCGCCUCGACGGCUCCAUGGCGCAAAAGGCGCGAGCCGCGGUGCUGGAGGCAUUCACUGAAAGGACGGGCUUCAUGGUCCUCCUCAUCAGCCUGCGCGCCGGCGGGGUCGGUCUGAAUCUCACCAGCGCAGGGAGAGUGUUCAUGAUGGAUCCGUGGUGGAGCUUUGCUGUAGAGGCGCAGGCCAUCGAUCGCGUGCACAGACUCGGACAGGAAGACGAGGUCGUGGUGAAGCGGUUUAUCGUAAAGGAGAGCGUGGAAGAGCGCAUGUUGCGGAUACAAGACCGGAAGAAAUUCAUGUAA